AUGCCUCAAUCUGGCCCGGCAUCCUCAGUGCCGGCGGAUGCCAGCUCGGCAGCCGGCAUUCCACCAUCAACCCUUCCGACCUACCAGCAGACAUCCCCGCUGGCACACCAGCCCUCGGGGCCCUUCCCCCCCGGGUCCGGGCCUCUCUUCCAUGCGGCCCCCCCGGAGCCGGGCACCAUGGCCCAUCGUGUGGAUGGCCUUCGCCCGCAGAUGCACUUCCCACACCAGCAUGUGCAUGCUCAUCACCCGGAGCAACAUCCUCACCACAUCGGGCCCUUUCAUCCUGGUGAUCCCCUUCACCAUGGCGGGCCUUUCCAUCCCUCGCACCCCCAACAGCAUGGGCACUACCAUGCGCAGCCCCAGUCGCAGCCUGCGCCUUUGCCGUCGCCGUCAGUGCAGCAGCAGCAGCAGCAGCAGCAGCAGCAGCAGCAGCAACAACAACAACAACAACAACAACAACAGCAGCAGAUCCGGGUGCAGGCACCAUCACAGCCUUUUCAGUCCUACCAGCCGCCGGUAGGUGGCGGUGUCGGCGACCACCCGCCCAUGCUGGCUUCCUUCCCCUCACCAAUGAUGGUCGAUGCCUCACCCGGGCCGAUGAUCGGCGCCGGCGCCGGGCCUCUGGGCAGUGGCAUCCGCAUUGGGGCAGAGCACUCGCAGCCAUAUCCCGGGUCCCGGGCUCCCGAGCGGGACUUCUUCUUUGCCGGCGGCCCCAAGAGCUUGGGCUCUGGCGGGGACCUUCCUGCCGGGGCCAGUGGCAGCGACAGCGGCGGUCAUCAUGUCCUGAUGCCGGGGCGAAUGGGCACCUCGCGCCCGGCUGCCGGCAUCCUGUCACACGCCGGUUCCCCGGCCACCGGGGGCACCCACCAGCCCCAUGGGCACUUCCAUGUUCACUUGCACCACGCGCGUCAGGCCGACCGGGGUCCGGAGCUCUUCCAGCCGGUCGGCCCUCCGGGGCUUUCUCAGACCCCUGGGUCGGGCCUGCCGCCGACGGCAUCGCCAUCGGCCUCGGUCGCCGGUCCGGCCAUGGCCCCGGUGGCAUACUCGCCGCCCGAGCAGGGACCGCCUCUUCUUCAUGCCAGGCAGCGGCCGCGUCUGCAGACUGUCGAUCCCGGUUCCGGACCCUCGGUCGGGGCCCCGGCGGCGUCGGCGUCAUCCUCGCCCGGCGGGCGUCUCAGCGCCGCCGAUCCCCUGCCGGCCGAUGACCGGCCGGACACCCUCACCGCCGCCGGGUAUGCGUCCACUUGCGCGCGUUUUCUACAGGCAUGCUUGCAAAAGUUUGGCCGUGCCGACUCGCCCGGGGCCACGGGCCCCGCGCCUGAACUCCGACUCACCGGUGCCUCCGGUUCACUCCCGGCGGGGGGUGACGGUGGCGGUGGCCCGGAGGCGCCCCCGGGACCGGCCCCGGCCCCCCUCACAGCCGACAGCCGCAUGGCCUCGGCAUCAUCCUCGUCCUCGUCCUCCUCCUCCUUGGCCGCGGACGUGCGCAUGUCAUCGGCCAAGGUGGCCACGCCGGCGGAUGUGGCUGCGGCACCGUCCACGGGGGUGUCCGCCACGACGGCGGGGCUGGACUCGCCAUCGGCCGGACUCCCCGCCGGGCGCAUGGCGAAUGUCCAUUCCGCCAGGGGGUGCGGCCUCUCCUCGCCGCCGGCGGGUGUCGCCGGGGGGGCUCCUCUCCAUGGGGCGGCGGGCGUCCACAGCAGCAGCAGCAGCAGCAGCCUCUAUGUGGCGGCAUUGGUCAAUCGGAAGCUUCAACAGUCGGAGAUCCCGGCGUCGCUGGCGGCCAGCGUGAAGCUGCCCUUGGCCACCUUCGAGGCGCAUGUGGAUGAGCCGCGCCCUUCGCCCGGGGCGCUGUCAUUGCCGGGACAUGGGCCUGGCUCGCGGCCUCCGCGCACCAGCCGCCUGGCCCUCGGGGCGUCGUCCACACCCUCGGCCCCGAUGGCCGAUGCAUGUACCGCUUCUCUGGCGAUGUCCCCGUCGACCAGGGCCGUGGCCAUUGCCACCGGCCGUCCCUCGCCGAGCGUGGCGGAGGACUCCCUCAUGAGCUCCGGCUCGUUCGACGCGUCGAUUGGCGGCUUGCGGCGCGAUGGCACCUCCGGCGGCCCACCCACGGCCGGGGGCGUGAGCCCGGGCCAGCUGCCCCCGGGCGGGCUCUCGCCACUGGGUGCCCGGCCAUCGGGGCCAUCGCAUUACCACCACGGCCGGCUCCCGCACCAGCAGCACCCGCACUUCCAUCCAUACCAAUCGGCCCCCCCUGUUCUGUCCUUGUCUUCGGCGACGUCGGCUCCAUGUGUGGGCGUCUCGCCCCCCGGCGCUUCUCACCGGCCUCGCCACUCGCCACCGGGUGACCCUCAUCACCAUCUUCAUCAGGGUCAUCUCCAGCACCCUCAUCACCCUCAUUAUCAUGACCACCACCACCACCACCACCAGCAGCAGCAGCAGCAACAGCAGCAGCAACAGCAGCAGCAGCAGCAGCAGCAUCAUUACCACCAGCAGCAUGACCACCACCAGCAUGGUUAUCGUCAUCAUCAGCACCCCCAGCAUCAUGCGCAUCACCCUCACCAGGACCGCCACCACGCUGGAGGUCACGACUCCUUCGGUGGUGGUCCUGGGCGCCAAGUCCUCGUGGCCCGGCGGCGUGCCCCGCCCCCACCGACUGAAAGCCUGAGGAUCUCGGACUUCAUCGAUCUGACCCUGUCGGAGAAUGACAGCAGCAGCAAUAGCAGCAACAGCAGCAACAGCAGCAACGGCACCGGUGGCGGCCCGACGGCAGACACCGUCACGGCGGCCGCCUCCUCGUCGUACGCCUCCUCGCCAGUGGAUGCCGUCUCGCCGGUGGCUUGCCUGCCGGCCUCGGUGGCGCGGGCGCUACCACCACCAGCCACACCGGCCGGUAUGGGCAUUUCAAGUGCAGCCGCUGGGCCUGCUGUGAUCAGUUCCACGGCUGGCGGCCUGGCGACCGGGCCGUCGCCAUAUAUGUCCUGCGCGGUGGCAGCCAUCUCGGCAGCGCCGCUGCUGCACACCGCCCCAUCGGGCGGCCACGAGACUGACACCAGUGGCGAGGCUCCCCGCGGUGGAUCCACCCCUCCGACAGUAGGUGGCCCGGUGCCGGAGCUGUCCCCGAUGCCGGCAGGCCCGGCGGCGGCGGCGGCGGCGGCGGCGGUAAGCGCCACUUCCCCGGCUGCUGCCGUGCACUUCCACCACCCGGGCGUGGUGGCAGGGGUGUCGACCACCGGGCCGGGAUCGUCCGGGUCCGGGGCCGCCAGCGCCUCAGCCUCCCCCUCAGGGGGGGCUGCGGUCGCGCCAUCAGCCCAUCGCUCGCCUGGCCUCUCACUAUCCUAGAGCCCCAGAGAGAGGUGUAUAUCUUCUUCGGGGCGGUGUCCUCCCUCUGCCCCUUCUUUUCUUCUCUUCUCUUCCCUGGGCCAGCCCCCUCCCCCCUCCCCUCCCAAUGCGGGCCCAAUAGACAUGCCCCCUCCUCGCACAA